ACCCUCCUCUCAUUCAUACACACACACACACACAUGCAGAAAGGAGCUGUUUGAGGUUACCGCCUGCGCAGGUACUUAAACAUUCUUGGAGGAUCUCGGCUGCUUAAAGAAGAUCCGGUUCUUCCCCAGGAAGGGGAGAACGAAACUCUGCAGGAACCAUCAGUUUCAGCUCACUAUUGCAGGCAAACGUGUGCCAAGAGAAGAUGUCCACCGAAACGGCGGCCAGCCCCACAGAGGAACAGAUAGAGAUUCUGGAGUACAACUUCAACAAAGUCAACAAGCACCCAGACCCAGCCACCCUUUGCCUCAUAGCUGCUGAGGCAGGACUGUCCGAGGAAGAGACUCUGAAAUGGUUCAAGAAGCGCCUUGCAGAGUGGAGGAGGUCAGAAGGGCUCCCUUCAGAGUGUGGGUCUGUCCGAGACUGACUUGAACUCUCCUUCCAGAGACUAUCCUAGAAAACUGAUGGCGUCCAUCGAUUAAUUCAUGCUGCGGAACAUGUUGCUAUCAAAACUAAUUGUGUCUGUUAUUUAACCUGCUGCCUUAUUUAAAAUGUACAUAACCCGAGGGGGGUAAAUAAUUAUAUAAAACCAUAUAUAUAUAUA